AGAAUGACAUUUACCGACGUCUUGACUUUUUGACGUACUUUGCAUUUUCAUUCAAAAACAUCAGGGAAUUCCAUUAAUUUUCAAGAUUUGAAGUUGUGAAUAUUUUGCGGUCAUCACUUUGGAACGUGAAAGUGGUAUUAUUAGCUUUUUUCAUAUGUAAAAACAUGGGGAAAGACAGGAUGAAUCAGAUCCCACUUUGAAUUGAAAAAACCGGUUGAAAUGGCUUGUUCCCGGGAUAAUAUAGCUAUGAUUCGAGAAUGGGCGCCUCUUGCAGACCUGUUUGCAAAAUUACCUUCAAAAACGCAAUCAGGGAUAUUUAAUCAGGAAAUAAAACUCACUUGCGUCGAUAUCUUGCCAGAAUUCAUAGCUCUAGGGACCAACAUAGGAAUAGUAUACUGGUAUGAUAGAAAAAAGAAAGAUAUGCAAAGGCUUAGGAAUGAGAAUCCAAAUGUACCACUAACAUCUUUGAAAAUCCUGUCUACAGUAGAUUACAUGGUAGCAUGCGGAAAUAAUUUAGGAAAUGUCAGUAUCUUUCAAAUUCCAAAAUCGCACCCAGAAUCCAUUCCAGAAAAUUUAAAACCCAAGAAUAAACAAGUGGAAAGGUAUACUGUAACAGAAUUGCACAAAGCUCCUAUAAGUGCACUAGAAUGGUCAAAAAAUGGUAUGAAGUUAUUUUCUGGGGAUAAGAAUGGAUGUGUUGUUUUAACAGAAAUUGAUUUCUAUAUGCAUAUUAGCAAGUCAUCUGAAAUAUUGAAUGAGACAUAUGAAGUGGUACAAUUGAGUUACAAUCAGCAAAGGCUUUUAGUGUCUACAACAUAUCGAAGUAUAAUUUGUCAACAGCUUGAAAAAUGGAAGGUCUCACAGGUCGGAAAAAAGGAUAGAAAAGUUUUAGGCAAAUUUGGUGGCCUCAUCUUUCAACAAGGGUACAAGAUUUCUGAUACUUAUCUAUAUUGUAUGAGGCCAGGACUCAGAAUAUGGAUAGCAGAUGUAGAGGGAAAUGUCCAAAAAACUCUUUUAUUCAAGGUAUCCAAUAAGACUCAAAUCAGACAAAUUUUCAUUAAAAAGCAAUUUUGAGUUUAUCUACCAUUGUUGUUGAUGGUUUCAGGAGUUAUUAACUAAGGAGUGUCCAGAAGUGCCAAUACUCAAUCCCAUAUCUAAAAAUGCACUGUCUAUGAAGCCUCACAAAGAACCAUCUUUUGGGAUUAUUUUGCCUUUCAGUGAUAAUCUAUUUGUUACAUACAGCAAUGAUGUGGUGUACAUUUUAGAUCCCCAAGAAAUGACAGUUUUGUCUACAAUUAAUCAUUUGAGAAGCGUUUUACAUGUAGCUACUCAUAAACAUGAGAUUUUUAUUUUGGAAGAGGACAGGAGUCUAAUAAGGAUAUCUCACACACCUGAACCAGCCAAUACAAAUAGUAUGUCAGCCUCAGCCUUGUUGCCUAAGUCAAUCAAAGAGAUAACUUCUAAGCUGCAUUCAGCUAACAUUUUGCCAGCUAUACCUCCAGUUUUGGAAAACAAUUCAUCUGGGAAUGUGGACAUUCAUACUGACGAAACAUUAGUCAUGAAUGCAGAAGAGGCCAUAGAAAGUCCCGUUAGAACCCAAAGAUAUGAUCCUGAGGUCAAAACUAAAGGAAAUGUGAUAGACAGUGAAAAUUAUGAUGACAAAAUCCUAUUCAAGAAAUCAAGACGCAGGAAAAAGAAGUCGGUAAUGGAGGCAAGCACAACUAGUAUAAGCUCCAACAGUUCCGAGGACCGAGACGUCCACACUUAUACUCAACCAACAUUGAUGAAUUUGAGCUCAGUCGGAAUACUGCCUGAUUUGAGAAGCCCAGAGUCUAUAAAGUAUGAUAUUGAGUACAAAGAGAAGAUUUUGGCUGAUGUUUUGAGUUUGGACAAAGUGAAGAUCUCCAAUAGGGCCAGUGUACCUCAGGAAAGAUCAGAAAGUGAUUGUGAAGGCGACACAAGUGAUAUUCUCAAAGAUAAAACAGUAUUGCGACCGCCAAAAUUGGAAUUUGCAGAAAAAAGGAAAACAGAAUCUAAGUCAAAGCAUCAAGAAACGAUAAAAGCAUUUUCACCAUCAAGUUCAUCAUCAGUAAAGAUGACAAAAGUAGUUGAAACUCCUGAAUCAUUGUUUCAGCUUUGAAAAAUGUACCCACAGACUGGAAAUUGGACAGUUUACAGCUGAAGGAUAGACGUAUGUCUGAAAAUGAUAAUUCUUUGAGUGAUUGGGAAAUUGUGUAAAUUUUACUGUGACUGUGUUAUUAUUUUUUAUUUUGUCUUAUAAGAAUUUUUUGUAUGUCUGAUAUAAUAAGUGUAUGAUUGUAUUAACGAAAUGUCCUAAUCAGAUUUUAGUAAAAAAUUGUAUAUUUUAAUUGCUCAAUUAUAUGAU